UCUCUCACUUUUAUUAUUUCACCAUAACGAUAUGGCUUUAAAACUCUGCUGCUGCCACACAAAGUUGUUUAUUCUGAGGAUUUAAGGUUCCUUUCGUUUAGAGAUGAGUCAGUCUAAUGUAUUCAUUUUGAUUAUCAUUCAUCUAAGUUUCUCUCAGUCAGCGAGAGGGAAAGAAUGUGUGUGUGAUCUAAAAAAUGUAGACCCUCCUUUUCCUAAGAAUGAACUAACGGAAGUAGAGACCACUGCUUUACAAUGCAUCAAGACCAUCACUUUGGAAAAGAUGACAGAAUUAGACAGGCUUGUGCUGGGUCUACAACAACGCAUCAAGCAACUAGAGGACAACGUGGUCAUGCUAGAAAAGGAGGAUAACAGGAAUAUUUAUGGGGCCGUGUCUCUGCGCAUCAUUGAGUUAGAGAUUUCCGAGAUUCAGGACCUCGUCGACAAACUCAACAGGACCACCCAAAAUUACCAGCAUCUCAGUGUACAGACUGCAGAUCAGCUUUCAGCUAUGAAUGACUCAAUGGUGAAGUUGGAGAAGUUUGAUAAAAUGCAAACGAUUAAAAAAUAUAGAGAGAUCCAGAUCAAGAAGAAAUUGGAAGAGUGCAAAAAAGAGCUCAAGACUACAGCACCUCCUCCAACAGUUUCCUCAGAUCGCUGUGGUCUGGGCCGUAUGGUCAGUGUAUCAGGACCUAAAACGUAUUCCCUAACGGUAUAUGGCACCUCCUAUCCUUACGGUGCUUGGGGUCGAGAUGCAAAGCCGGCUCCAGGAGAGGAGAAAAAGUACUGGCUGGUGGUGUUGUCAAGUAGUAAUGUGUAUGGCCACUAUGUCCGCCAGUACAAUACAUUGAGUACUCUUUUAGUAGGUAUAGGACCAUCAGAUACAUAUAUAUCAAGCUCCAACCCCACAACAAACACAAUUCAGGGGCCAAACAUGGUCAUGUACGGCAAUGCGCUCUACUAUAACUGUUACAACACAUACUCUGUCUGUCAGUUCAACAUGAAGACUCGUGCUGUCAGUACUGUGGCUUUACCUAAAGAUGCAGGUUACAACAACAAGUUUCCUUUCGCACAUCUCGGCACCACAUACAGUUAUACAGAUAUGGAUUUUGCCACAGAUGAAUCAAGCGUCUAUGUUAUAUACGCGUCCACAAGCAACUUUGGAAAUGUGGUUAUCAGUAAAGUUGAGACUAGCAACCCGCCUGCUUUGAACCAAACAUGGUCCACUUCUCUUUACAAAAAGACCGUCACAAACACCUUCAUGGUGUGUGGUGUGCUUUAUGCUACUCGUUACCUGGAUAAAGAAAGAGAAGAGAUUUUUUACUCUUAUGAUACCAAAACCAAUGAAGAGCGAUAUGAUUUGAGAAUUCACAUUAAGAAGAUGCAGACUAAUAUUGAGUUUCUAAACUAUGACCCCAGAGAUCAUCUGCUGUAUGUCUACAGUGAUGCCUACAUUCUAACUUAUGAGCUCAUCUUUCAGUAAGUCUCCAAUGAGACCUGCAUCCCAUUUCAUAUUGUAUGUACAUACUAUAUAGCAUGCAACACAAAUAAUUGUAUGUUGAAACAAGUAUCUAGAUUGUAAUUUGUGGUCAUUUGCAGGUUUUUUAACUCAAUUUGGUAGCGAUCGCAUCAUCAUCUAUAGCGCAGCUGAAUGGUUUCUGUUGCAUCAGUGGCCAAUGAGCUGCGUCUCAACAUUCAAAUAACGGUAGUGUUGCUGUUGGAAGUCUGCAGCGUACUUUCAGAAACCCUCCAUCUUCCCCAGCUCCACCUGUAUAGAUUUGCUAUGUUGGGGUAUUUCAUGUAUGUUACAUGUCAUGUGCAGCAGCAUGUCUUACAUGCUCACUAGUGAUGCGCGGGUCGGCUUUUUUUCCAACCCGCGGGUCCCGCUUUUAUGAAAUUAUUUGCCCGCCCCAGCCCGCCCCGCACCACUGUAUCUAUUUUUACAACCCGCCCGACCCGCACCCGCGACCAUUUAAUAGACAUACUAGGCAUUGUAAUAUAAAUUAAAACAGCCUUUAUUUCAACCUGAAAGUGCUUGGAAACAUCCCCUGUAAACUGGCAACAACAUACGAUUAUGAAUAUGAACCCUAAGGCCGUGUGUCCACCUAAGCGUUUUUUCCAGCUGCUAGCGUACUUUUUCAAUUGUUUUCAAUAGGAGCGCCGCGUUUUUUAAAUGC